GUGUCUCUAAAAUAGAGAAAAAAAAAUAUUCUAUUAUUUAUUCGAUUUUUAUUAAAAAUAUUGUCAUAUAAUAAAUGGAUAAAUAAGUUUUAUUUAAAUAAAAUAAAAAAGAAAAGUAAUUAGUAGUUAUUAGAGUGACGAGGUGACAGUACUUGUACUGUGUGGUGUUAAGUACAGUAAUAAUAAAUAAAUAAGUGCAAUAACAUACUUAAGGAUUAAAACACUCGCGUGUGUGAUGUCAACGGGAUUCGCUGAACACGACUCAGUUCGUACAUAUGCAUCCAAUGCACGGUACAAGCUGUUACGCCAUAGAGGAUGCCGCACGGGCUAGUGGAGUAUCGGAGGCGUGCGCUGUGUGUUCCAGUGAUGUCGGUGGCGCGGCACUUAGCAUUGCUGGACCUGGACCAUGGCCGGCAAGCCUGAGCAGCCCAUCUCUCACCCUGCUCCCCAAAAUCACGUUCAUCAGCAGCAUUAUCAACAGCAUCAUUCGCUCCAUCUUCAGCAGCAACAACAACAACAUCAUCAUCAACAUCAACAAGCUCGUAGAAAUCACCAGUCGAUUCAACAGCAUCUCAACCACCACGAAACACAGGGUAUACAGCAAAAUAGUGUCCUUGUGUACGUCCCCGGCGAGAACUUUGCCUACGCUACUGCUGUAGGACAUAAUGCCGCUUCUUCGGGCUACCAAACAGCCCAACAACAGCAGCAUCAUCAUAGCCAUCAGCAACAGCAGCAGCAGCAGAAUCCGUACUCUAAUGUUUUACCCCAGGUGGCAACACAGGCAAUAUUUUCCGCCAAAACAAAUUACAAUAUAGGAAACAGUGAGCUGGUUGAAAGCGAGAUUGACCAAAACGCAGACUGUUGUCUCGGGAAGUCAAUCGAGCUGGUAGCUUGCAAUGUUGUUGCUGAUCAGCAGCAACAACAACAGCAAAUUAAGAACGAGGAGGAUUACAAUUCAACGAUUUAUCGGAAUCCCCUGGUGGGCUUAGCAAGUAGGGCGACUGGCUCGCCCAAUAACGUGGGUAAAAUAGAUCUUGGUGCUCUGACAAACAGCAUCCCCGGGAGUAGCGCAAUAAGCCCAGGGCAGAGCGAUGCCGACAGUUUAAGCGGUACCAGCGACUCGGGUGUUGUUGCUACAGCAACAGCGGCUAGCAGAUCUGCGUUGCCGAGCAGUAGCGCAGCUCUCAGUGGUGAUCUCGAGCAAACCAAGACAUUUUUGACGGGCCAGCAGUACGAGGUUACGUGCAAUACCACCGGCGGUUACUCGUCUUCGGGAGUGGCGACGGAAAAUUAUCAGUCGAGCAACGCCGGUAACGAGACCGGUAUCGCCGGCACUCUGGACGACGGUGCUCGGUUAACUUACGUUAGGUCCAGUAACAACCUCGGUGGCGGUCCUGUUUCUAAUAUAUUUAUCAGUGGGAUUGACUCUCAGCAACAGCAACAACGGGAUUUGUCCAAGUCCGCUCGCGUUAAUCAAGACUUGUUGGACGUUAAUCGAACCUGUAUAAGUGGUAAUAGUGUCGGUGCCGGUAGUGCUGGUGGUGGUGGUGGUGUUAUUGUUGUUUCGCCGGACCCUGGUUGUGAAUCAGUGCGCUCAGACACCGCGGAAUCCGUUUACAGCAGCAGCCUGAGUAGUCCUGACUGCCAGAGCUUGCAAUCCAACGAUUCGGUUAACAAUAAUAGUAAUAGUUGUAGUAGUAGUAGUAAUAGUAAUAGUAAUAGUAGUAGUAGUGUCGUGUGUGUGCAGCAGGCUGCACAAUUUGUGUCUAAUCAAGUUGUUAUUAAUAAUAAUAAUAAUGCGCAACACAGCAGCAAUGUUGCGCUGACUAUGAACUGUAGUGUCGUGGUUCAGCAUCAACAAAAACAACAGCAGCAGCAACAACAACAACAGCAACAGGCGUCCAUCGCUGUACCUCGUGGAUGGAAGAGAAUAUGCACCAACGGAGUCAUCAUUUAUAUCAGUCCAAGCAGCACCGCGCUGGGCUCACUCGAUCAGCUCAAGGAGUACCUGACAACUGCGGGCACUUGUAAGUGCGGACUCGAAUGCCCGCUUAGGCCAGAACAAGUCUUCAAUUUCGAUCCCAAGGUAGCGACACGACCUUGGAGUCCAGACCAGGGAAAGACUCGGGAGAUGACAAAGUUGUGUAACCAUAAGAGGAAACUUUUGUUACCCGUUGCCGCGGCUAGUCCAGUUGCCUCUUGUACACCAGUUGUUUCGUCCUCAACGUUACCUGUGCCCGGAGCGACCGCAAUUAAUGCGCGAGCAGACUCGCCAACUUCAUCCGACAAGUCGAAAAAAGAUGGCCUGAGUAAAAAAAAGAAACGUAAGCUCAGCAGUGUGGGAAACGUAUACUCAGGUGUUUCAGUGUCACAAUUAAUUGCACAACGCGAGCGAGCUAUUGCAGUAGCCAGCGCUACUGGAAUCCAGAGUUUACCGUCUUCUAACGGAUCUCAGGUUUGGCCAAUGACUGGUCUGACGAUUCAGCAGAAUAACCAGCAGAUUGGUCAUCAAUUAAUAAACUCCCCGUCGCAAAAUAUCGACGCAAAUGGUUGUGUUCUGAGAAGUAACAAUAAUAAUAGUAGUACUAACAUAAACAAUAACAAUAACAUACAACAGAGGCUAAACUCCCACAAUAUGACGAGUAUGUUGAUGGGAAAUCCGUUGAUCAUGAAUCAACAGACGAAUAAUUUCAACAACAUCAAUAAUAUGACGCAGCAGCAGCAACAACUGAUGCUGCAACAGCAACAACAACAACAACAGCAACUGAUGCAGCAGCAACAUAUGACCCAACAUCACCAGAAUGUUAUAGCGAACCAAUUGUCUCAUCAACAAUCGCCCCAUUAUCAGUUAAACCAAUUGAACGAUCAGUCAGUGCAUGCGAUGCAGCAACAACACAUGAACCAACAGCAGCAGAUGCAUAUCCAGAUGCAGAAGCACUCCCAGCAUCACAAUCAGGAGCAGGCAAACUUCAGCCAUCACGACGGCUUUAUCCACCACCUUCAGCCCCAAAAUUCGCAGAACCAGAUGCAUCAGCAAAUGCACUCGUUACACCAGCACUCGAUGCAGUAUCAGCAACAGAAUAAUCAGCAACACAUGAUGCAAAAUCAGAUUGAUCAGUUUCAUAUACUGCAGCAGCAGCAGCAACAACAACAACAACAACAACAACAACAACAUCAGCAGCAGCAACAACAACAGCAACAAAUGUCUCAGGUUUGUCAGCAACCGAUGCAGUUUAAUCAUCAAGGAAUGACGCAUCACUUGAGUGAUAUUUCUCAGCAGUCGAAUGGGCAGCUGAUUUCUGCGAUGAACAAUUCUGAUGGGCAGCAACAGCAGCAACAAAUGAGACUUAGAACUCCUUCGAUUGGCGCUGAUGAUGACAUCAAUGCUAAGCAGCAGCAACAACAACAACAACAACAACAACAACAACAACAACAACAACAACAACAACAGCAGCAGCAGCAACAACAACAACAACAACAGUUGAUGAUGCAUAAUCAUAACAUGCGGCAUCAUGUCCAAAAUGGAAACAUGCAAAACAUAAAUCACGACAGUAUGCAACGAAUGUAUCAGCACCAGGUACAAUUUACUCGAAACUGUGAUCCUAAUAAGAUGGUGAUGGAGCAGCAGAAACAAAAUGGUCAUCAGCAGCAACAACAGCAACAGCAACAGCAACAGCAGCAACAACAACAACAACAACAACAACAACAACAACAACAACAACAACAACAACAACAACAACAACAACAACAACAACAACAACAACAACAACAACAACAACAACACCAACAACAACAACAACAACAACAACAGCAGCAGCAGCAAUAUAUGCUCGUGAGUCAGCCAGGAAGAAGUCCUACAAAUAUAAACAGCAUUGACACUCAGUCGAUAAUUAUUAAUGGACAGCCUGGACAUCACUUUAACCAAAGGAACCAGAUGUGGGGCCAACAAACCCGUACUAAUGUGCCCUCCCAUCAGUCACCACCCGCAGCGAGCAUUCAAAACAUAACGUGCAACAGCUUGGACCGCGUUCCGCCGCUCCAUCACCACAUUCCUCCCACGGCCGCCUGGACCGACGAAGUCGCCCGCAAAAAGGCCAAAACUAGUAAGAGUCUUGUUAAAAAGCAACGUCAUCACAUGGCCGAGAUCAGGAGCAUUGAGCAGGCCAGUCCCGGGCCGGAAGAUGAGUUUAAUGAUAAUAAACCACAGCCUAAUCAAAUUGGGUCUACUGUUAAUAGUAGCAAUACUAAUAAUAAUACUGCUGCUAAUAGUAAUAAUAAUAAUAGUAAUAAUAGCAGUCCUAGUUUUCUUGAUGAUCCUAGUGGAUAUCUCGCCCAGCAAACGGCUUUACUAAAUAGUACAAUAUCAAGGCAAACUGGUGUUAGCAGUAGUCAAAUGAUGAUCAAUAAUAAAAUGCCAUCUCAAGUCCAUGGGAAUAAUAAUAGUAAUAGUAAUAAUAAUACUAUUAAUAACAAUUACAUACUGCAUCAAAAGCCCUCGUCAGCGACAAGUCCAACAAGCACGUCGAUUUGCAAUUCCGGGAAAAAUCACGCAACCUCACCAAUUGUCGUACACAGCAGCAUGACUCCCACGACUAUGGCCAAUGAUUCGGACACUGGUUCAUGUCACGGGUGCGUGACAAGCGCCGACACCCAGUCUUUUAUCACGGAUCAGUACAAACAGCAGAUUCACCGGCAGUAUGCAUCGGUGAUGCAUACAGACCACCGUGACGACCCAGUGACGUCCUCUACUUACGGAGACAGGUUCGCGUCGACGAACCAGCAGAUGGACUCGUGGCCGAUUCAAGGCGGGACUAUCAGCACCAGCCACGGGUCACCAGUCAGCACCAACAGUCCAGCUAACUCUGAGACUCCUGUGUCGUCGCUUUCUCAACCGGCGACCCCACAGAGUCUCAUUUCCUCCCAGCCGUCGACUCCUCACAGCUACUCUCAGCCUCCUACGCCUCACUCACACUCCCAGGCGCCGCCUCAGUCACUCACACCUGGCCAGCAGCCCUCGCAGUCCUCUGUUAUUAUAAACAUCAACACCACCAAUACUAAUCCCAAUUCCAAUAAUAAUAACAGCAGUAACAAUAACAUAAAUCAAGAUCAAAGUCAAGCAUCAAGUCUGUCAAUGACAUCAACAUCAGCAUCAGCCUCGAGCACAAUAUCACCGAGUUCAUCGCCUUCCCAAGCUAUUAUUACCGGCAACUCCUCUGCUGAGCGAGAGACUACGUCGCAUUCAAUCAGUCACAAGUCAAGUCAUCAGUCGCAAUCCAGACAAUCGACGACACCAGAAGGGUACGCGCCCCAUCCGCACACUAUCAACCCAAUCCAGCGGAUUUCAAUGAUUCCCUACAGCGGAAACGCGACUGUCAUCACAACCAUGGCAAGUGGACACACCUUCAGCUCCAACACAAUAACUUCCGUGCUGGCGGGUCGAGCCAACACCGCAACAGUCUCCAUUAACACGCCUUCCGGGAUUCCCAACAUUUUGUCCAGCAAAUCCCACAGCAGCUCGCUGUCGACUCCAACAGCAAGCAUCGUAGUUUCUUCGCACCACUCAAACUCGACGCCGAUUAUCCACAGUCAGUCUCAGACCAUGGUGUCCAAGUCGCCGUUGGAGAUGGUGCAAAGUGUCGUAAGCAGCAUCCAGGUGCCUCAACCGGUCAGCUCUUGCUCAUCAUUGCCACAUCAUCAGGAGCAGAACAACGUCCAAGUUCACAACGUUAUCGCCUCUGGUGGAGUGUUGAAGCACUCUACAGGCUCGACGCUGCCUCCGGGGCACAUUUUCGUGUCCAGCGGUGGGCAGCUGAUCAUGGCCAGCACGGGUUCAGGGAUCAGCGGUGUGAUGGCUCCGCCUCCGCCCAAAAUAAUCUCUAACGCAAGUUCAAUGCCGCCUUUGUCGGUGUCUCCGAUGGUGACUAGCGUCACCGGAGCGGUCAGCCAGGUUAUUCCCGCGGUUGGAGUCGCGCAGCAAGUCAUUGGGCAGCCAACCGUGCUGGUCAACACCAUUCAGACCCCCGUGCUGAUCCAACCGAGUGUUAUGACCAUGGACAGCCUCCAUGGGCAGAACGUCCAGAUUCCUCACCUGACCGUGGCGACUGGGAACGUUCUCCAGAACGCUCAGUCGAUUCUGGAAGCGAAUCAAGACGUCACCCGUGCUGUUACCACCAACCAGAACAUCGUCAACCGGCAGCCGAAUCUUCUGAGUCCCGAGUCGACUAUCACCAAGAAGAAAGUGUACAAAAAGCGGAAGAAUAACUCGCAGACUGUCGCGUCUAUGCUUCAUAUUGCUUCCUCGCAGCAAAAUACGGGUAUGUUAAUGCAGAGCCAGUCGAACUUUGCUCAGCAGAAUUUCCAGCAGAGUAUCGGAGGCCCGAUGCUUCAAGCGCUGACCAUUGUACCUGGCAAAGGCGGCGCUCCUGCUCAGUUGGUUAUGAAUGGCCAGACAGGUGCGACUUCCGCGCAAUUUAACACCCAGCAAAUUAUAACUAACCCCCAGCCGACGCAGCAGAUCAAUCUACUGCAGCCGGUUAAUUUAUUGAACGGCGCUACGGGUAUGGUGCAAAAUUUCCCGACCAUUCAGCAAUUUAUUGUACCUGGUUUGGGCAGCAUGGUGAUGUCUGCUGAUGGGACUGCUACUCUUCUGCAAGACACCGGGAAUUUGGGGAUGCAAUUGCAGAUUCAGAAUGUCAAUGGGCAGAAUGUUUUGACGCCUAUACAGAGUCACAGCGGAAUUUUCAGUCCAAGUCAGAGUAUUCUUGCCGCAGGACCCGCGGGGAUGGUGAUUCGUGCGCCUCAAGCUGCUGGAGGUAAACUUAUUCAGCAGCACAGUCCCGGGGCACAGUUUUUAUCAUCAAAUAGUGGGCAGUUCUUGGUGAAUGGCACGACGUCUUUCAGCAACCAGCUGAGUCCAAUUGUAGCGAAUGUGAGUCCGAAUCAGCAGAUGACUUUUAAUACCUCGCAAGUCAGGCCGUCGAAUAUUCAAGGCCAGCAGGAGUUCAUUCAGAUGAAUGGGCAGACGCUGAUGGUUCCUUGUGGUACUGCCCAGAACAUCGCGGUGUCCUCGGCUUCCAAUCAGCAGAAUACCACCUUCGUUCAGCAGAACACGACGAUUGUUCAGCAGCAGACGACCAUGGUCUCGAACAACCAGAUCCCCGACUUUCAGUCGGUUGCCACGAGUAAUGGCAACGUUGAGCAGUCGAUGAAUCUUGAUCAUAAUCAGUACAUUCUCAGCGCCGGAAUGAUCCAAGGAAAGUCACCGUCCUCGCCGAAGAGCACCAGUUCGCCGUCCUCAGAGCAGAACGUCGAGCAAAUUCACCAGCAGCAAUUCAGUUUGACUAGUACAAGUGGUAAUAAAAAUCACAACAAUAAUAAUCACAGCAGUGGCAGUGGUAGUGGUAGUGUUGGUAUUAUUAUUGAUCAGAAUGGCCAGCAAGGUGAUCAGCUGAGUCCCUCGAUGGUCAGGCAUUCAGUCUCCACUCAGACCGCCGGCAAUCAGGCUAACAAUGCUCAGUCGGCUAUCAUGAGACAGGGCUCACCUCCUGAUACUACAACACACAGUCCAGGUAAUAGUCAAAGGUCCAAUAGUCCAGCUGUUGACACUACUUCCCAUGGAGCGGCUUCUCCUGCGCCCCCUAUUUCCGCGCGACAUCACUCCUCGUCGACGCCAAUGGUUCAUUGCAUCUCCAGCAGCGAGCCAGACUCGGGCGACCUCCAGAACCCGGUUGACGACUGGCGGAUCCAAGGAAUAACGACUAAAGAGCUGACGCUCAGCCAGGUCGGCCUCCAGCACGGAAAGACCUACGUCGAGUCGACAGUAACAACAGGGAUCCAGAUCUAUACGCCAGAGACGUUGAAGCAAACCGAGGGUGUGGUGAGCACAGUGAGGUGUGAGGGCAGAGAGCAUACCCUCGGUCAGGGAAUCAAACGAAAGCUGGACUCCAUCCACUCUAUGCACUCGACUCUGCAUGAAGACCAGGAUGUAUCGGAGUCUGAGGGAGAUAAAGGAAACUGGGAAGUGAAAGUCGGCGAACUUGUGUGGGGUGCGGCGCUGGGGAGUCCGGCGUGGCCGGGUAAAGUCGAGUCUUUUGGACCACCAGGAAGUUUUACCGUGAGUGUGAGGUGGUACGGGGCCGGUGAGACCUUAACCCAGGUCGAAAUCAAGAACCUCAAAUCCCUAUCUGACGGCCUAGAAGCACAUCACCGAGCACGAAAACGUUUUAGAAAAAGUCGUAAAUUGAAUAUGCAGCUGGAGAACGCCAUUCAAGAGGCUAUGGCCGAGCUGGACAACUUGAGUGACCCGGACACUCCAAAUAAAAUCCGGAAACAAUUUGUACAGAGCACGCGAUCAUCAAAGACUUCACUUUCGAGCACGAGCCACGGGAAGAACCGAAACUCGGAUAGUAAAAAAAGUAAAAAACUUUCUAGUUCCCAACAGAAGGUAGUGCCGAAGUGUCGGUGAUUAUUUACAAGAAUAAUAAUUAAUAAAUAAUGAAUCAUAAUUAUAUUGUUAUGUAUGAAUGCUAGCGCUUUUUAAAACUGUGUAUAUAAUAAUUAUUAAAAUAAUUAUUAUUAAUAAAAUUAAGUGUAAAGAAUAUAAUUCCGUUAGUAUAAUGGGAAGAAUACUCACCAAGUUAAAUUAAUAAAAUGAUAAAUAAUCUUGAGGUUUAUAAUGAACAAUUGGGUGGGGGUGAUAUUGAUAUUUGUAUUUGUAAAUAUUAUCUUUCAUUAAUAUAAUAAUAUUGAGUUUGUA